AUUCUGUUUUAGAUGGAUUCAAUUUAAGCAUGUUGCUGGUCAUCCAUUUAUGAAUAUGAAUGACACAAUUUUGAACUUUCUCAAUUUUAGAUGAAGCGUUUGACUGGUUAAAAGGAGUGAAUAUUUGAAUGUCAUCAGCAUAGAAAUGGAAAUGAAGUCCAUGAGAUUGUAUGAUAUUUGAAACAGGUGACAUAUAAAGAAGAAAUAAAAGCGAUCCAAACACACUCCCUUGCGGCACACCAUAAUACAGGGGCACGUGUUCAGAAACUGAAUCAUCAAUACUAACUUUCUGAAAACGGGAUGAAAGAAAAGAAGAAAACCAACGAAGGACAACAUCGGUAAAACCAAACUGGAAAGCGAGUCUACGGAUGAAAAUAGAAUGAUCAAUAGUAUCAAAAGCGGCAGAUAAAUCUAACUGAACAAAAACGACUGAUUUACUCAUAUCAAUAAAGGAGAAUAUAUCAUUAAGAAUGGAAUUAAGGGCAGAUUCAGUGGAGUGGAACGGUUUGUAAGCAGAUUGAUAGAUGUAUUUAAGAUUAUGCUGGCUGAGAUAGUUCGAUAUUUGAGACGCUACGCAUUUCUCAAUACAUUUGGAAAUAAAUGAUAAUUGGAUAUAGGAUGGUUCAAUGUCUUUACCAACUAUGGUGGAACGUUUGAAAAGUCAAGCAAUACAAGCUGGCCUUAAAUUCCAUACAAAUCAAAAUGCAAGAGAAGUUUUUAUCAGUUCUGAUGUGUUUUACGUUGAGGUUUUGUUGGAGAGUAGUGGCAUAGUGGAGGAUGUGAAGAUCUACCGACAAGAUGAACCUGUUAGUUGCCAUGAGAUGCGUGACUGCUUAAGCCAGAGCAACUUUAAAGGAUUUUUAGAACACCUGAAAGGACUUAACAACUUCUACCAACUGCCAUGUGAAGUCUCUGUGAAACGGGAUGCCUUCAAAUGUCUUCAAACUCUAGAAGAUGAUCUCAAGGAAAUAUUCAAUAUUAGCUGUUUGACAACUUCAAAUGUAAUGAUGUUAAUUCUGAAAGGGUUAGUGGGUUUUGUGACACCAAGAAUUGGAGGUUAUCCGAUGCGUUUAACCUUCUUUGUGUCACCUUAUGAUUUGUUGAAUGUCGAGAAAAAGACUUCAACCAUUCUUAAUAUGUCAGUUAAUAAUAGCGAUCCAGUAGAUGUUAUAUACAAGAAGGCGUUUGGCACAGUUCCACAUGAAAGCUUGAAAACUAAACUCAAAGCCAAUGGUAUUACUGGUAGGGUUUUAAUUUGGAUAUCCAAUUUCCUUAGUUCGAGGCAACAGAGUGUUUCCGUGAAGGGCCACCUUUCAUCUAGGCAAGAAGAAACAAGUGGCGUCAUACAGGGUUCAGUAAUUGGACCAAUACUUUUUCUUAUCUUUGUAAAUAACCUACUUGAUGGUAUCAACUCAAGCGGCAAGCUGAUGACGCCAAGAUCUACCGACGAAUUUCUUCCCCUGCCUAUGAUGACUUACUCCAAGAAGGCAUAA